UUUUUAGUAUUUUUAUUUGACCUACUAACGCCUAAAAAGGAUAAUAAUUUGCAUCAAAAAAAGAUUUUCUUCAGUUCAUUAUUAAGCAAAAAAAAAACUAAGAAAAUUAAGUCAUCUUUACAAAAAAAAAUUUGCUCAUAAUGUACACGAAUGUAUCUCGUAGCGGUUCAUCUUCUACUGUUACCCCUCAACAACCAAAAAUUUAUUUACAAAAUCAGUUAACUCUGUCAAAACCUAGCAGUGAAGAAAUGGAACGUCCGGGGACGAGGAGAGGAGGACGCCCUGGGAGUCAAUCAACAACGACAACAACUCCUGCUGAAGAGGAAAAUAAUAUUACGAAACAAAGAUUUGUGCCAAACACAAAUGGCAGACAACCACCCGUUGUGGAUGUUUGGACUCGUGAUCAAUCCAGUCGUAACAGUGAAUUCGUCAUUCCUACUUCAUCCUCUUCAAAUUCAUCCUACACUAAGCAGCGUCCCAAAGCUUCAGGAACGCCUCCAGCUUCAUCAAUUAACCGUUCUGGCAAUAUCUCAGCCUCGUCUUCUACAAAAAGGCAAAAUGGAUAUCCAGAAUUAAGCGAUCCUGAGAGGUAUAGUUCAGAACAAUUUGAUGAGUCUGAUGAUGAGCCUGAUAAAAAGGAAGAAAAGGAAGAAACGGAAGACGAAGAAAUAAAGAGGAAAAAGGGAAAAGAGGUCGACGACUUUACGAAGCGUUUAAGGGAUUUAGCUAUUUUACGUACCAGAAGUUUACACGAAUCCAUUCGCUCAAAUAUUAUUAACACCGAAGUAAAGACGAAUAACAAAGCCCCAUUACCUCCAAUAAUCCCUACAGGCAGUUUAAAAAGCCGUAGAUCAAGCGAAAACAACAACAACGAAAAAAUUGUUAAAAAUAUUAGUGGAAGCAACAGAAAAGUGCCCUCAAAAGUUACAAGUAAUUCACCUAGUAAUAGUGGAGAAAGAAGGAAAAUUGAUAAUAAUCAAGGCAGAUUUUUCCAUUUAUUAAAAAUUAUUUUUUCAAUUUUCUCUAAAGGCCAAAAUUCACACCCUUCUAGUUCAAGGAAAAAUUCAUCGGAGCAAAGCUUUGAGAAACAAUUGCAAUUAGUAAAAAAUAAAUUUGAGGGAAGCACUAGUAAAAAUAAAACUGUUUUGAAGUCUUCUGCCUCCUCUAGCUCUUCAAAUUUAUCCCUAUCUCAACCUCCACAAAAUUUAUCAACGUCCAAAUCAUCACAAGAGACUGAAGCUGAGGCUCAACAACUUCAACAACAAUUAAACUAUAAAGAAGAGGAAAAUAAAUCUGUUAAUAAAUCCAGAAAAAAUUCUAAAACAUCUUCAAUUAAUUCAAACGAAAGAAAACAAUUAAAUGGACUAAAUUCAAAAAUAACUGAUGAGUUUCAUCAAAGACAACGUCGAGCUUCUCAACAGAGGCAACAACAAAAAUCAGAGGAAGGAGAAAGCAUUAUUCAACAAAGAGUUCCUUUAGUAUCUGAUAAAUUUAGAUUUUGCCUUCUAUCCGCUAGUGGAAGACAAAGGGCCAAUACUCAGGCUUAUAGAAAACGAAGUUCAAGUCUUGUAGCACCUCGAAAGGAAGAAGAUUCUGGGACAUAUAGGGCUUGGGUAAAACAAAAACAAAACGAACAAAAAGCUAAAAAGGAACGUGAAGAAGCUGAAAAAACCGCUCUAGAACAGCAACGUUCAGAAAAACGAGAACUUGCUGCAAAAAAUUUUAAUCGUUGGAAGUCAGAAUUGGAAAGACGUUUGGCUGAGAAAAAGGCAGCAGAACGAUUAAAAGCUCAAAAAAAGGCUGAGCAAGAGAAACAAAAAAAAGAACAAAAACAACUAGAAGCACAACAAACAUUCCAAUCUUGGAAAAAACAAGACGAAAUAAAAAGAAAAACACAAAAGGAACGGGCCCGAAGUGUUGAACAACGUAUUGCCAAACAAACUGAACAAAAUAAGGAGCAAAAACGAAGGGAGGCCGAAGCUGCUUUUCAUGCUUGGAUUCAAAUGGCUGAUGAACGUAUAAGAACUCAACAUGCCCUAAAACAAGAAGAGGAAGAGCGUAAAGAAGAGGAACGUCGUGAACAGAGUAAAGCAAAAGCCAGAAUUGCUGAAGAAGCUUAUUCCUUGUGGAUGAAUAUGAAGGAAGAAGAACGCAAAUAUAGACGAAGCCUUGCCUUUCGAAUUCUCGACUUUGAACGACGUGCCAACAGUGAAAGGUCUAUAACUCCAUGGAUUCCCACAAGCCCAACAGUCAUUCACAGUACACACUCACGUUCUACUUUGCUCACUCCUCCCUUAAAUUCUGCAAAAGGUAGAAGACGAACUUUAGAGAAGAAAUUGGUUUUGCCUGAUUGGAGGAAACAUCAAAAAAAUAAAAAUAAUUUGGAGACGAAAUCUGCAAUAAAUUCUGGUACUAAUAGACGGCCUUGGCGUUAA